AUGGCGGCCAAGGCCAGCGUGCAAGGCGUCGUCGCUGGUUUCUCGCCAAGCCCAGCGGAAAUAUGCCGUGUCACGGACCACUGCCCGCAAUACAUGAGCCAAGCGUUGAGCGGAAAGGGCGGCACGCAGAUGCCCUCUUUUGUGACCAACUUGCCCAAUGGCCCAGAAACGGGCGUGUUCCUCGCCGUCGAUUUGGGAGGCACCAACUGUCGAAUCUCCGCCGUCGAGCUCCACGGCAACUCGACAUACACCAUGAAGCAGUCCAAGUACGCCGUCCCGCGCGAGUUCAUGGUGAACCCCAGACACGAACCCCUCUUCGACUUUGUCGCGACCAACAUUGCCUCGUUUCUCAAAGGAAAUCCAGAAAUGGCCGCCCAGAGAGAUCCCAAGUCGACAAGACCGUCCUGGCCUGGUGUCCACAAACUCGGAUUCACCUUUAGCUUCACCUACGAGAGCCAUUCCGUCUGCCACGGCACCAUGCUGCAGUGGGACAAGGGCUGGGACAUUCCAGACGCGAUCGGACGAGAUCCCUGUCGCAUGCUGCAAGACGCUCUUGACCGACAGACUUUGCCCGUGCGCGUCGUCGCACUCACCAAUGACAGUGUCGGCACCUUCAUGGCAACAGCAUACACCUCGUCGGAAGCAUGCAGUCCCCUGCUCGGCGCCAUCUUUGGCACAGGGACGAAUGCUGCGUAUGUGGAACACGUCGCCCGGAUCGACAAACUACCACAAAAAUAUGAGACGCUUCGGGGGAAGGAUGCCGUCAUGGUCAUCAACACUGAGUGGGGGGCUUGGUUUGACAAGACAGCAGCGGCCUUGCCGAGCUGCAUGUACGAUGACAUUCUCGAUCUAGAGAGCGCAGCGCCAGGCGAGCAGCGUUUCGAGAAGCAGACGUCGGGGUUGUACCUCGGAGAGCUCAUGCGCCUGGCCAUGCUCGAUUUGAUUGCCGCGAAACAGCUGCAAAUGACGGCCCGGUCCGACUCUCCUCUGCACACGCCAUACCGCAUCGAUGCAGCGUUUGUCUCCAUGCUGGCUGCACACUUUGAGAGCCAAAAGAAAAUACACUGGGAGCGGACAAUGACUCAUAUUUCGGAACGAUUAAACGUCGACGACGUCACCUUGGAGGACAUCCAGGCCCUCGAGCUUCUCGCAGCCGCAAUAAUGAAGCGCGCUGCGCAGCUUGCCGGCGCUGCCAUGGCCGCAAUCAUAAUUCAAUCUGGCAGGCUGCCAUAUUCCACGUUGAAGCCAGCAGCCUCUCGCAAAUGGGUGGCGUGGUACCGAUGGCUGGCAUCAGGCAGCGCAUUCUGCUCACUCGGCCGGGGCCGCGCCGACGACGACGCCGACUCGGAUAGAACAAUGACAGCACCUGCCGGGUGCAUCGAAAUCGGCAUUGACGGCUCAUUGUUUGAGCAUUACCCACCGUUUGAAAAGGAGAUUCGGAAAGUGCUGCGAGCGGUGCCUCGGAUUGGGCCGCAAGGUGAGGCGAGAGUCAAAAUUCGGCUGGUCAAGGAUGGCUCCAGUCUUGGGGCGGCUCUCAUCGCUCAGUCGGUAUCGUGA